UUCCGGGGUCGUAAGAGUGCAAAAGAUGACCGGUGAAUUUGCUGUCAUGUUGGCCUACUGUAGCCUACCCCUCGUGCAUAGACUAAGUGUAGUUUAGUAGUUUUAAAAUGGAUUUCAGUAUUCGACCUCCCAAACCAGAAGACUUAAAAGAUGUUUUCCGAAUGGUCACGGAGCUGUCUCUUCUUGGAAAGUCACCUGAGUUGGAGAUAUCCAGUGAAGAGUUGGGGCAGGACCUAUUCUGUGAAACCCCUUUCCUUCAGUGCCUCAUUGCAGAAGUACCAGAACAUUGUAAGACUCACAAAGGCCAGACUGCAGUUGCAUACACUCUCUUUACAAAUGCCUAUUGCACUUGGAAUGGGAGGGCGGUGCAUUUGGGUGAUUUCUAUGUCAUGCCUGAAUGCAGAGGAAAAGGAGUUGGUAAAGCACUCUUAAGUACGGUGGCAAAGGUGGGAAAGGAACAACACUGUGCAAUUAUGCUGACCGAGAUGAGAGAGAACACACCGCUUAUAGACUUUUAUAUUGCUAAAGGUGCGGAGGACCUCAAAGUUACAGAAAGACGUCACUUUCUGUGCUUUGAUGGAGAUGCCGUGGACAAACUUGCACAGGAAGCACCCUAAUGCACUUGAAAACCUAAAGCUACUGUACAAAGCUUUUUUUUAUAUGAAUGGAAAGAACCUUCUGUAUCUUUGUUGAUACUUCCUUGUCUUGUGUUAAUAAUAAUUUACUAUUACAUGUCGUGUCUUCUGAUAUCUUAUGUCAUUCGUGUGUCACUGGUGUGCUGAUAAUACAUCUUUUGAUAUUCAGGUUCCAUAAUAAACCCGACGCUGACAAAUA